GCCACACAGUAUCUUACAUUGAACAAUGGCCAUAAGAUGCCUCUUGUAGGGCUUGGCUCCUGGCAGGUUACCUCUCCCGAGGAAUGCAAGGACACUAUCCGUGCGGCACUGGACGCUGGCUACAGACAUAUCGACACAGCCUACGCAUACCAGAACGAGGCUUUCAUUGGGGAGGGGCUCCAGGAAUACUUCAAGACCGGGACGCUGAAGAGGGAGGACAUUUUUGUUACAACGAAGGAAACAGGCAAAGGAGAACCUUUCCCACUGGAUGAAAACAACAAACCUGCAUUUCAGGAUGUUCUCCUGACGGAUACGUGGAAGGGGAUGGAACAGGUGGCUCGUAGUGGCCAAGCCAAAUCUAUUGGUGUCUCAAAUUUCAACAUGGAACAGACUGAGAGGAUAUGCAAGAUAGCUGAAAUAUUACCAGCCACAAACCAGGUUGAGUGUCAUUUGUAUCUCCAGCAAGAAAAGCUGUUUCAGUUUCUCAGGGAGGGGAUAACUGUUACAGCCUACAGCCCCUUCGGUUCACCAACUCGACCAGCUCACAUACUGAAGGAAGGAGCUCCCAGAGUUCUAGAUGACCCAGUUGCUAAGGAUCUGGCCACAAAGUAUAAAAGAUCUGUAGGACAGAUUCUCCUCCGCUAUCUUGUCCAAAGAGGCAUGAUUGUUAUCCCGAAGAGCAGCAAUCCUUCAAGAAUUCUGGAAAACGUGAAGGUUUUCGACUUCGAACUGUCUGGCGAGGAUAUGUCAAAGCUUUCAGCUCAAGACAAGAAACUGCGUUUCUUCAAUGGCAACACCCUUGCCGUCCACAGCCCCAAGACACUUGUGGCAGUUCCAUCUGGAACUAAAACCUUCAGCAACCGCCUUCCACUCCUCUUCAGUUUUGGGGCACUUGAGUACUUCAUCCUUGUGGACCUCAAUGAUGUCUUUGCAGUUCCCAGCUUGAGUUGCACCUCCAGCGGUUCUCUCAUGAGAGUGGUCAAGAUUGGUUCACUUCUCCACCAUGUCUUGGAACAAGUCGGGAGACAUUCUCAGGAUCUUCCUUGUGGAGUUCUUUUGGGUUACGUCUUCUUCUUUGGUCUGCUCUUGCUGCAUUGA